CCCCACCCACAAAUCCAUGAUGUAGCUUCUGGCCAAUGGAAACAGGCGGAAUUCCCACAUCCGACCAAUCGGCGUCUCUUCCCGAAUUAUCCGUCGGAGUGUGUGUGUGUAAACCAGACAUGGCGCUGCUGUAAAUGGAAGAAACACGGGCAAGGAAAACACUGCAAUUCCACAGUGGUCUAUACGCUGGAAAAUCAUCUCACAUAUUCUAUUUCAAAGGAAUUAUAAUCACCAGAAAGAACCUUGUUUACUGAAGCAACAUAACUGUUUUAUUCAACUGAACGCAAGUCAUCUUGUGUGUUUUACAAUUGCUACAAAGUUACAAGGGUACCUGUAUUGGACAGGAUAUCACUACGGUGACCUUUGAGAGACUCCCUGCAAUGGACCGCUGGAGUUAAAAAGUUCUGUUAGGUUAAUUUGACCCUGUUGCUUGCAUCUAAACGCUUUUUGUUUUUAUUUGUAUUUAUUUUGGGGGGUUUUAAAGACUCUGGAGCACCUUACAGAGACCAUGCCAGCUAAAACCAAAUACAAUUUAGUGGAUGAUGGUCACGAUUUAAGGAUUCCUUUACACAACGAAGAGGCAUUCCAACAUGGGAUCAAUUUUGAAGCCAAGUACAUUGGUAGUCUGGAUGUGCCCAGACCAAACAGCAGGGUGGAAAUAGUUGCUGCUAUGAGACGAAUACGGUAUGAAUUUAAAGCCAAGAACAUCAAGAAGAAAAAAGUCAACAUAGUGGUAUCUGUGGACGGGGUCAAAGUCGUUCUGAGAAAAAAGAAGAAGCUUCCUAUGUUUUCACAGAAAAAAGAAUGGACCUGGGAUGAGAGCAAGAUGCUGGUGAUGCAGGACCCCAUCUACAGGAUAUUCUAUGUAUCCCAUGAUUCCCAAGACCUGAAGAUUUUUAGCUACAUUGGCAGGGAUGGUGCAAGCAACGUGUUCCGGUGUAAUGUCUUCAAGUCCAAGAAAAAGAGUCAAGCCAUGAGGAUUGUGAGAACGGUGGGGCAGGCAUUUGAGGUCUGCCACAAACUAAGUCUGCAGCACACGCAGCAGAACGCAGACGGGCAGGAAGAUGGGGACAGUGAAAAGAACAGCGAUGACUCGGGGGUUCCAGCUCGCCAGCUGACAGGAGCGGAGAAGUCCAUUGCAGAGGAGACCGACAUUGACGCAGAGGAAGUGCCCUUACCUGACAGCACCGUUGAUGAGUUCAACCGCGGGGUGACUGAUCUGGACGCUGCCAAGACUGAACAAGAUACCUGUAAUGAGAAGAAGAUCUCAGAAGAGAACAUUCUGUUGGCAACUCCCAAGAUGUUGCUGCCACCAUCAUCAAGCCAACUUCCUGCAGGAACUCCCCUCUCGGUGCACCACCAAAUUCAGCUCCUCCAGCAACAACUGCAGCAGCAGCAACAGCAGACACAAGUGUCCGUGGCGCAGGUUCACCUGUUGAAAGACCAGCUGUCGGCAGAGGCAGCAGCCCGAAUUGAGGCCCAGGCCCGGGUUCACCAGCUCCUGCUGCAAAACAAGGACAUGUUGCAGCACAUCUCACUUCUGGUGAAGCAAGUGCAGGAGCUGGAGCUGAAAUUCUCUGGACACGACUCAAUGGGCUCUCAGGACAGCUUACUAGAGAUCACCUUCCGUGCAAACGUGCCGCCCGUGCUGUGCGACCCAACCACCCCGAAGCCAGAGGAUGUCACCCUGCCGCAGCUCAGUGAUGGGACACAGCUCUCCAUGCCGCUGGGCAGCCCCUUAGGUAGGGACAAUUGCCUGGUAAAACUAGAGUGCUUCCGCUUCCUCUCCGGCCCACCACAGCAAGGAAAGGGCCCAGAGCAGCAACCUCCUGUGUCGUCCCGGGAUGAGUUCCUGGGCAGCCUGGAGUUCCUCAAGUUCCGUGAGUCGGGGAUCGCCUCGGAGUACUCGUCAAACACAGACGAGAGUGAUGAGCUGGACAGCUGGGGUCAUGAUGACGGCUCGCUGCGGCUCUUCAAUGUGCUGUACAAAGAGAGCACGCCAGACUGCCUGGACGAUGAGAUUGCAGUCUAGAUCUAGAUCCCUGGUGUAAAUUUUCCAUUUUGGUCUAAGCUUUAGCAAUAGUCCAGCUGGUCAUUCAAACCACCUCUGUGUUUUAAACUGUGAAAUGUCACCCCAAUCACCACCUGCACCAUGUUACUGCUCUUGCUUCAGUCUGCACAUUCCAGGCAUAACAUUAGGACCGCCUGUUUCCGGAAGACUAUGCCAUUACACUUGCACAGUGUGUAAGCCAGGCGUCUAGAUAUUAGGGUGGAAAAUAUUUCAGUGGUCUUGCAUGCGUGUUUCAAGCACUAAAUCACAGGAACAGAUGGUGACUCCACUUGCACAGUGUGAUAUCCACAUGUGUUUUUACAGUUGUGUUUGUUCUAGAGGUUACUUUGAUGUUUCAGUUACUAGUGCUGGGAUUUCAAGAACAUGACAUUUGUAUCAAUUUCAAUGAAGUGUUCUAUGGUAGACAAAGAACCACCAUGAUAUUGAUCUUGGGGUGAAUUUUUUGUUGUUUGUAUAACAGUGCCAUAAGGUGUUGUGCUAGAAGAUCUGUUCAGAUGCUAACAUGUAACAUACCACACACAGGUGAAAAUGCCUUGAUUGUAUUGAGAAUAUAUAUAUACAUAGCAGCCAAUAUUGAGAAAUCUCAGUACCUGAGAAAUCAUUUUCAUAUGUUGAAAUCUGUUACUUUAAAUCUCAUUGGCUGAUUUAAACUUGUGCAGGAUAUUGACCUGUGCAUCUCACACAUUAGUAACAUCCAGAUUAGCUGAGCACAAGCGGGAGCACUGGAUCAUUCAAAAUAAUCCACAAAGGGACAGACUGUCUAUUUAAACCUGUAACCAAAUAGAAAUGGGUAUGGAAUAAAUGUCAGAGAAAGCUAGAUUUAAUGAGUUGUAUGUCAAUACCACUAUACUUUGCUUAUUUAUGAGGAGUCCCUUUCUAGCUCAGAAUUUACUUUAGCCUGAGACUGAUUACUAUUUAACACUGUGUGUUAGGGGUUUAAAACACCACAAUAGGCAAGAAGGCUGCAACAGGAUGCUUCAGUAAGUAAGGGAAUGAUUUCAAUUGAAUUUACGAUGUGAAUGUUGGAAGGUUAAUGAGUCUGUACGCAUCAAUCUAAAGUAUAACUAAUAUUGCAAUGUGGACUACUCUGCGGGAUACACUGGGGAUAGUGAAGCAGAAUAAUUAUUUUCAAGGAAGUCACCUGCUGCUGAGGUGACACAAUUAUACCAAUAAUAUAGUUAGUCAUCACUCUUACUGUUAAAUGGCUCUUCAUUUCACAGUACUUGCAUAGUCAGCUUUCGUAAUGUUAGGAGUGUAGGUAGAAAACUCCACUGAUGUUCCCAAAUGCUUUAAAGAAAUGAGUUAUCAAGCAAAAUGUGGUUUGGAUUUCCACAUGGCUGCAGCCCUGUCCCAGUGUCCAAAUCCUUAACAAAACAAUGUGAAUUAAAAGCUAUAAAUAUUAACAAUGUAAAAAAUACCAACUGCACUUUUUUAUUGUCAUCAUGUCUGCGUCUGCUAAGAAAUAAAUAAUAAUAAUAAUAAUGGUGAAAUCCCAUAGAUUUCUAUUUUUAGUGCCAAAUUGUUAAGUGCAUGAAUUUAUCAUUCACCCCACCAUCCACAGACAGCUUUUCCCUGUACUUCUAAUUCAACAUGUAAGUGGUUCUGUGGAGGUUUAUACAAUUGUUUGUUAUUUAAAUGUGUCUGCCUGUUAAAGUGUACUAAUGUAACAAGUUGUAAACAUCACCAUAGCCUGCUCAGUAGGGAGACUAAAAAUACAAUGCAGCCUUUUCUUCCCCACAAUCUCAGUCAGAAUUGUUUCCUCUGUGGUGCUAGUGACAGCAUGCUUGUAUCCGUGUUCUGAACUUGCAUCAUCUGUAGCAAGGACAUUCCUCUGAGUAAGUUGUCAUUGCUCAAGCCAGAGAGAGCAGAGGCAAACAAAACAUGACAGGCUGUACUUUUUGCAACCCAGUAACACAGAACUGCACUUGGAUUCAUGUUAAUACUGUCAAUCGAGUGCUAAAGAAUAAGACUUGAAAAUGUAACAGGGCAUUAUGUAGAAGGGGGAGUGUCAUUAUGCUUGGUUGUGUUCCUUUUUUCUUUUUGCUUGCUUUUCAUGUUGUGGAAUACUGCAGAUGCAAUAUACUUUGAAGCUGAUCAGCUGCUUUUGUACUCAUAGUCUUAUGUUGUUGAUAACCCCAGUUAUGUCAUGUUUUCUUGACCUCCUCCAGUAUUUCUCCUUCUUCUAGUGCGUGUUGCUGUUUUAUGAUGCAUAUAAUGAGGAGAGAACAGGGUAGAUUUACUGGGGUUUUCAACUGGAAACAGCUGAUUAGAACUCUACAUUUUAUCUUGGGGCUUGGUCAAAAACAAGCAACCUUCCAUCACUACCAGACUUUAAAACCGAUGUGGUCCCUUCAGGCAUUUUGUGUUGAAUCAUAAUUAAAAUCUAAAAUCAAAUCCUGUUCUUGCACUGCUGCCAGUUUUUCACGAUAAGAUUCAAGUGGCAUGGUUAAGGUUUGAUGUGUAGACCAACCCUUUAUUUCUGAGAUUUUGAUUUGGUUCUUAACCAACAGUUCAAAAAAGUUAUAAAAAAAAUAAAUAAAAAAAAAGCCAUACAAGCUAAGAAAAACAAUUUCAGUUUGCUAACAUGAUGCUUCUCCCAAGCUGAGGAAUCAUGAUGUGCUGAGAACUAACAUGCAUUGCUAUUUGAUGUAACGCAAAAUGGUUACAAUGCUUUCAGUGUAAUUGUUGAAACUGAAUCUGUGGCUUGCACUGUUCAUCAAAAUUCAGCACAAUGCAAGGACUCCUAAUCUUCUAGGCACCCAAUGUAUUCUUCUUCAUAUGUAUUGUCAGUAUUUUCUAUUGCUUAUGCUAUUGCUUAAAUAGAUGCAACAGACUUGCAUGCAGUUCACAUAUGAAGGUCAGGGUUUGAAUCUGGCUCAGUGAAAUGAGUUUGGUGGUCUCAUAUAGCUCCUUGUGGAACAUUAUAAAACCACCACGUAACUCGGCCCACUUUUUGUCAGGUUGUUAGUCUAUUUCCUAUUGAAACACUAAUUAAAAUCUCAUGGAGCCCUUAUUAAUUUAUAAAUUGUAAGUGACUAGGAUGUCAAACAUAAUUGUAAAUCCAGUUGUUGAUGUCUUGUUAUGCUCUCAGAAGAGUUUUGAUGUUAAAAUCAAAUAUUUGUACACAUUUAGUUGGGUGCCUUUUUUAAAUCUUGCACACAACUGAGUCCAUUUUUUAAGAUGUUCUUAAUGACACAGGCUGGGUUCAGGAUUAGGUCUCUUUGAAGAGAAACUGCUAUUGAUCUUAUGUCUUUUAAAGAAUAACACAGGAGCUAACCUCAUGAAGACUUAAUUUAUAUAAUAAAAAGAGAUACAAAGCAAUUGAUCCCUUUUGUCAAAAUAUUGUAAAUCUGAUCAAAGCUUUGUCAAGAACCUGUUCUGGAGACUGGAAGGUUUUCUAAUGAUUUGUCCUGAUCGACCAGUCCUGCUUGUCACAGGGGGGUCAGUGAGCGCUAUCCAACUAUCAGUGUCUCUUUGUUGCAGACAUGUACUGCAUACUUCAUUGAUAGCAAUGAUGGCCAGUACGCCUAAGGCAUUCCAUCUAAGGUUGAUGUGAUAAACUACGAGACCGUUAUUUUAAUUUAACUCACUGAAGCACAUCUAUUAUUUUUUUAUAAUACAUGGAUAUUAGUAUCUGCAAUAAAAAAUAAAAUAAAAAAGUGAACAGGUGUUAAGGAUCAAAUUGCAAGUGAAUUUAAUGAAUAAUAAUCAUGUACAUUAAGUCAAUAUUAAAGAAUCUUAAAUAUAAUUUUCUUUUUGAUAAUUCAGGAAUGGUGAAUUAAACUGGGUAGAUAAUGAACUGCAAAUAAUAAUGCAUUUUAUGGAAAAUGUGUUUCAGUGGGGUAUUUUUAUUUAUUUAUUUAUUUAUUUAUUUAUUUAUUUAUUGUCGCUGUCAGAGUCGAAGAUUUGUGUCACUCGCUUGGUUGGUCCUCCAGUUAGUGAAGGAUGAUAGUAAAUCUUCACAGAGACAGAUUUGUUAAGUGCAUAAAAAACACAAAUUGUGGAUGUUGUCAAGUGAUUGAAUCAUUGACAGGAAUGUCUUUAAUUUCCCGUUCCUCUCCAGUUUCUCUGAGAUACAAAUGUACCAGUUUUACUUUAAAAAAAAAAAAAAAAAAAAAAAAAUAUUUUAAUUUUCUUGCUCAUUAAUGAACAUUUCUCUACUGUGGGUGUUGUCGACUGAUUGAAAGAGAGUCCCCCCUGGUUUUUGUAUCAACUGUACCAAUUAAGUGCUUAUUAGAAGCUUAAUUGGUCCAAUUAAGUAAUUUUUACUGUGUGGCAAAGUGUGAGAGGAAAUUGUUCUGUUAUUGGCCUGUUACUGAUUUGUGUUUUAUUCUCUUUCCUUGCCAGUGAGAACACAAAAGAAUCAGUUUUGAAACGGAGCAGGGCAAAGUUAUUUUUCUAACUUUCACAGAGCACUUGCUGCAUCUCAAAUCUUCAUUACUAUUAAAUUAAACCAGCAUUGUUCAGUUUCUGAGAUACAUAUGUGAUGGACUUCUGUUGAUUUGUAGACUGAAUCUUAGUAUGGCUAAUUGGCUAUUGGAUUUGACCCCCACAGUCAUGGUUGUUAAACGUUUAUUCAGCCUGUCCCUUGUAUUUUAUUUAUAUUUAACUGUGCACCUCACCUCAUGAGUCGGGAUGGGAGGACCUUUUUACUUUGCUCUUUAUAAAUAAUUUAACAGGUGGGGAAGGCUGUCUGUAUUUUUUUCAUCAGGAUACAGUUGCAUUCUGGUAUAAACUCGUAUUUAAAAAGUUGUAGUUAUACUUUAAUACUGUAUACGAAGAAUUGCCUGGGACUGGGGUAAAGCAGUUAAAGACGUUAAUAUCCAGUCGCUGACUUAUCUGUCACCUUAACAGGCAACAACUUUGCCUGCAACUGAGAGGAGCUCAAAUUUGGUUUUGUCCACUCUGAAUCAUAAAACUCUCAUUUCCUUGCACUCAGUCUUGUUCGAGUGCUCAUUCUCUUAUGGUGCAGUUCUGUGGUGCAUUAAGCUGUAGCAGCUUGUUGCUGCUGUGCCAUCUGUUAAACUGUUUCUAUUCAUAGUCCCAAAAGUAACAGACCAAAAUAGAUCCCUCUCUUUUUUCUUUCCUUUCUUCUAUUGGCUUGGUUUAAAUUGUUCUUCCAAAUAAAUUUUCAUUUUGUUUUACAAUGCAUACUAUUGCAUUGUGUCCAUGGUGCAGUGGCACACUUUGGGUUAUCUUGCUUUUACUUUCUGUAGUACUGUUUCAUAUGUCUUUUACAGUAAUGGCUAAUAUCUUACUCUUUGGUUAAUUAAUGUUCAGUCAUUUGUAAUCUGUAGGAUACUUAUAGGCAUAGCAUGACAGCAGAAACUUCUUGUUAAAUGUGGGCUGUCACAGCGCUUAGAGAAGCUUAGUGUCUAUGACAAGGAUGGAGUUUGAAAAAAAAAAAUAACAUGAUAGUUGUGUAUUGUUAGAUUUCUGUGUACUAAUUAAAGCUUAUGGGCUCUGGAUCAUGAAUAGUUUUUGUCAAUACACUGGAGACCUGUAAAACAAGCCCUCUGCUGCUAAGUGUACUUACUCUGUAUCGUCACUAACCUUGCUUUUGCUGAAUAAACUUUCUUUUCUGAUU